CGAAAUGAACAUCACAUUAAACUCAAUAUCGUCUCAUUAUUGUUGGGUCCAUUCAUGCCAGAUUAGCAAGAGGUUUAAUGUUUAGCAGUUAACAUGGCUGAAAUUUUAGAGAACCUUACCUAUAGUUUGUACAACAAAAAUACAAAAUAUAAAAUCAUCGAGUUCCUACUCCUCUCUCCCUCAUUCACAUUUUCUUCAUUGGUGGUGCAUUAUGGUAUGUGGAUGUGGUGGGAUGCAUGUAUCUUCCACUGAAAGAUCGAAACUCAUUUCGCAUAUCAUUCAUGGUCACCUGUAGUGUGCUCAUCUGGGUGGUCAUUUGCCCCAUGGAGUCGUACAUGCCAGUCUUCUGGGUGGACAUCUGCCCCAUGUAGUCAUACAUAUAUUCGUAUUUAUAGAUAUUUGUGACGUGAAUGGGUCGAAUUAAGUGGUAGAUAAGUUAGGGUUAUCUUUCUAGUGUUGGAAUCCUUAUCCAAUACGGAUACGGUGUGCACGCGGUCGACCUCGUACUUAUGCGGUCGACCUAUUAAGUGCAAAAUGGUCGGCCUAUGAGGUAUUUGAGUCGACCUUUCAUUCUGUUCGCUUCCCAAAUAGGUCGACCAUUUGUUAGAAGGUCAACCCCGUCGUUGAACCUCACAAAGCUGAAACAACAGAUUAGGUCGACCUAAUCCUAUAUUAGGUCGACCAAAAAAGUCCAUGUUACGGUGACAUGCAUGUCACCGUAGCAAAGUCCGACAAUUUAAUAUUAAUGUUUGAAUCAAUGUUACUUGAGUUCCGAUUUCAUAACUAAUCUCUUUCUAUAAAAUAUAAAUAGCUUAAGAUAAAAUAUAAAUAUAGAAGCAUCAUCACCAAACAUAUUUCUAGAGUUUAAUCCAAGUUGGUUCUAUGAGCUUCCACUAGCACCGAAAACUUUGCAUGAAGAAAUAAAGAAAACCAAUUGCAUGGAAUUAAAUUACUUGGCCAAGUGCCAUAGCUUUUUUCAAAUAAGUACUCUCAUUUUUUUAUUACAAAUUCCAGAGGUCACAAAUAGUAAUCGAAUCCAUUUCGUCAGUUUCAGAGAAGAAAUUAAAAAGACCCUCCAAUCACCCAAUUCCAUUGGUUAUAACCACUCGUCAAUUAAUAAUUGGGAGAAAACAUAGUGGAGCUUAGACGGUGAAGGCUUAGAGGAACCUAGGUCGAAGCCGAGUAAAAAACGACGACGCUGACCGCAUGUUCGAAGAAAGAAACCCAAUAAGCCCCCUGAGGGAGUUGUUUCCGAUCCUACUGCACAACCGAAGCCUUAUUACACUGGCGCUGGAGAGGAAGGCCGCAUCUGUGACCGUGAUGGUGGAACGAAAUCUGAGUCGGCGGUGGGGAUGCGGGGAUGGAGUGGACACAAUUUCAUGGAAAACGUCGCCAAAUUAAGAAUUGUGGGAUGGGUUUCGUAAAACGCAGAGUAUUAUUUAAUUGAUGGUGAAAUGACGAGAGUGGCCAUCUGAAAAACCCUCACAGUGCAGCAAAUUCAAAUCCCUGUAAAUCGGAUGCAUGUUUUGCCAUUAUAGUGUCUAUAUAAAAAUAAUGAACAAAUUAUGUAAAUAAAAUGAUGAAAUCUAGUAUAAACUAGAUUAUAACAAAAAAAAACAAAAUUUGAGGAAAUUGACGUUUUGGUUUUACCCAUCGAAGCAAAUCCACUUUUUAUAAUAGAGCAAAUCCACUUUAAGUGGAACUAGAAUGCCAAAGAUAGAUAUAUAUAUAUAUUAGAUUUUUUGGAUUUGUGCGUUAGAGAUGUCUAAACAGUAACAAUAAACAACAAAAAAUAGGCUGAUAUGAUAUGAGCAAAUAAAUUUGCUUCGAGUAACAUUGAAACACGAGUUGGUUGCAGUAAAAAAAGGGAAGUGGGUUGAUCACUUCAAAUACACAAGUGGGACAAGAUUAAAUUUGGUGUGAGCUUUUACGAUACAUCAAACAUAGUUAAGUCCAUUCUAAUAAUUUAAUUUGACUGCACUAUUCUUCAUUUUUCUGAGAAUAAUUGAGUUAGAGCAACACUUCAAAUAACCGAGAAUUAGGGUCGAAGUCUCAAAAUCAUCAUGAUCAUUCUGAUCAUCGUUGUUGCUAUGUCUUCGUCUCUUUUUAUCAUCUCCAAAUCUGUCUGCACUACUCUUCAAUCUCCCAUAAAUGCUAAGACGAGAGACUGACUUCAAUUGGACGAGAAUUAGCAUAAUUAAAAAUCAAAGUCUUGAAGGCUCCUCACUCAUCUCCAACGCCGAGACUCCUAUUUGAAUCUCACUGAAGAUGAUGGAAGAUAUUCUUGUCACACUAGCUCAUACAGGCGGGUGGAUGAAGAUAACAUAGGAAAGAAAAUUUUCGCUUUGGUAAGAAAAUAUCUUAAUGAAUGAGAUGGGCAAGUCACCCAAAUAAGAAAAUUACAAAUCUGUCACUAGUGGAAGGAGAACCUCUUAGGUUUUUAAGAGAGAUUAACAAUUUAAAAUGUGAAGAGCACGGGAAUAGAGUUUUGCCAUAGUGACUCGACAAAGUUUAUAGAAUAAAGUUCUUUACAUCAAGAACAUCUUCGUACACCGAUAAUCAUAUACAUCUCUUUGCUUCUCAUAAGCUUAUCUACCAGAGGAAUCAUGAAACAUAUAGAUUUGUUUUUGGCUAAAGAAAUGCAUGAAUGUUGAAUGAAUUUUUUCAAGAAUGAAGGUUGGAUGGCUGAUGAGUAGAAAAACCAAGGUUGAGGUUUCAAUUAUAUAAACAUGUAAAUAUUUCUUAUGCAGUAAUGUGAUUUAAGUUGGAUGAAUAAUUGAUGACACAACUUAUUUUGAUUAAAGUUGAAUAGACAGUUGAUAAAAUAACUCAUUAUGAUUAAAGUUGGAUGAGUGGUUGAUCACACAACUUAUUUUGACUAACAUGUGGAGAAACAUAUGAUAAUCUGGACCAUUUACUGUAUUUUUCGCAUUGAUGACAUCAUUUAUAAGCUAUUCCCCCUCUAUAUAUUUGCUUCUUGAUGAUAAACAAGCAAAAUUUUGGCUUGUUUGUUGUUGUGUUGCUAUUUCUUUCUAUCAACUUAUUUCUUCAUUAACGUGUCUCUAUGAUGUCUUUGAUUUAUAGGUGUCUUUAGGCCCCAUUGUAAUAUAUAUAUUUGUUUGUAGCCUUCAGAGAGACUUAGUAAAUUAAGGAGUGUCCGGGAAAAUUAUGCUCAGAUUGAUGAUGCAGAAAAUCCUCUAGGUUGAGUGCUUGAAGUUGAAAGCGAAAAUCCUGUUUUGCCUGAAAAUAAAGAUGCAUGAAAGUUGCGUCCUCUUGCAUCAAUAAUUCCAGUUCGACCUCAUCUAACUACUCCUGAUGGUGAGGCUAGGAGCAACCAUUUUAUGAACAACUUGAUCAAGAGAGAAAGUUUUUAAGAAGUUCGAAACUGAAAAUCUCUUAUAUAUUAUCAAAAACUUAUUUGGAUGCACACAGAUUCUUCUUGCAAGUAAAAGUAAGUUUUAUCGUUAUUCUUUUCUACAUUUUGUAGGCAACUAUUGAUUUAUCAUUUUAAAAUUUUAAAAUUUUCAACUUGCAGUUUGUGGUAAGUAAGAGAAUUAGUGGAAAUUCCAUAUAUGUGGCUCAGUUCAUAUUUGAGAAGUGUUAUGCCAAGUUGGAUGCUCCAACUCAGGAAGGAUUUAAGAUUUUAAAGAAGUGUUCCCUGGCUAUUGCAGUUAAGAUGAAUGAGUUUUCUAGUCGAAGAUUGGACUCACUUACUUUUCGUCCUUAUGAGAUACUAUACAAGGAUGAAGGAUGGAACCUCAAAAAAUACGAUCAUACUCAAGGAUAUGAAGAUUGAAAUACUAGACACCACGGGAUACAAGCACGAGCUGACUACUUCGUUCGACUACCUUCCAUGCUUAGUUUUGGACUACUUUCAAGAGGUGUCAGAGUAUGUAACGAAGUACAAUGAAGUUACUUCAUUGUUAUUAAAACUAAUGGUUCAGGAGGAUUUUGAUGCUUCUAUAAAUAGGAGUAAGCCAUUUGCUAUGACUCUCCCGACAAUCGCCAUGAAUGCAGCAGGUCAUGCUUUUCCUGAGUUCAAGGAUGACCAUGUGCUUAUGGUCAAGCAGGUAAAUAGUAUAAACAUAUAGAAACUUCCAAUUACAUGUUGAUUGUGGUGUCAAUCGAGACUACCCAUUUAUUAUUUUUGGUCUUGUUACAGAACAAUUUUCUAAGAUAUGUUACAAUAAUGCAAAGAAUCUAAAGGAUGAAACUGAAGUGAAGGAGAACGGGCGUUUAUCUAUAAUUGUAGGAGGAAUUGGUUCUUUGCCCUCUCUUUAAUUAAGACUCUCUUCCAUACUUUUUGUAAGAUUGAGAUUCAAAUGAUUAAGAGCAUCUUUUGCCUUGACGCAAAUUGUUUAAUGAAAAUCGCUUAUGAAAACUCCUAUGCAAUGAUUGUGAUGUAUGUAGACAGUAUGUAUGAAAAAAAGAGGGAAACAUGCAAACUUAUCUAGCCUUUGUUUCAUGAUUUCAACAUUUUUCGAUAUUUUCUUUUAUGUUUUACACUGUAUUGCGUAGGUCUCUAGAGUUACUGUUGUUUGUUGAUGUUCACAGUGUACUUGAUCAUAGGAGGAAACGUGUAGAUAUUACAUUGUAAGCAACCUGAAAAAUGAUAUAUCGGUAACAACUGCACAAUUAGAGGAGCGAAAGAAACUUGGUAGAUAAAAACUUGAGCGCGCUGAAAUUUAUUUGCCUAGUCACACCAAUAACUAAUAAGAUUACAGUGUUAAUCUAUUUUCCUUCUCCGGUGCCGUAUCUGCCGGAGGACAAUAGUCUUAAACCACCCACAGUGGGAUGGAAAAAAAAGGGAAAUAAGAAGGAAAAAAUUGGAGGAGCUCAUAGUGGAGGAGGAAAAUGGGAAAAAAAGAGAAAAAGGAGGAGGGGGGGGUGAAGUUUUUGGGUUACAACAAAACAAAGAGAUGGGAGGAGGAGAGAGGGCAUGGAACAGGUGACGUCACCCGCGCGGGUGACGCUGGUUCUGUUUUUCUUCAUUUUUGUUUUGUUUUUGUUUUAUUUGGAGUGUUUUUAAACUGUUGAUCGUUUUUUCUUCGAUCUAAUGAUCAGAAUUGAAUUACAACAAACAUAUUUUCCAACAGCAUAAACAACCAUAUUUUUUCCAGUUCAUUUUGUGAAACAUGUGAUGACUCAUGGUCUUCUAAAACAUUAUUGUGAUUUCGUCAUUGAUGACGUCAUAUUUAAAUAAUGACGAAAAAAAUUAUGUCCAAAUUAAAAAAAUUAUAUCACAAUGUUCAUCUUAAUUAAUUAUGACUAUCUAUAUAAAAAGCUACCUAUAUAAAAAGAACGAUUAAAUUAUUUAACUAAAGUGGCAAAAUCAACACUAAAUUGAUUUCAUUAAAAAACACCCCUCCCACUUUUUCCUUUUUUCCCUCCCAACCCAUUGUGGGGUUUCCACCCCAAAACCCCAAAUCCCCCCCCCCCCCUAACCCACUCAUUUUUUUCUCUCAAGUCUCAACCAUUGUGGAUGAUCUUAGUAGUUUUAUGUGGUAGCUUCUGUAUGCGUCUGUAUCUUGUGGAAACCCCUAACUUGACAGCUGAAGCCUGUGCACGUAGCAAGUUUGUCGAAAGGAAUUGCAAGCACCAAACGUGGUUGUUGUGGAAGAUUCUGUUGGAGGCUUGAAGGAGAGCACACAGUGGAAAAAGGAAAAGUCGGUCGACUGCUUUUCAUUUCACGAUUGGGUCAUUCGACGACUGGGAUCAGAGGCUCUGCCCGAGAAGAAUCGAAAGAAGUUUCGAUCCUAGGGUAACUAGGGUUUCAUACAUUAAUAGGUCGUUUCUUCUUUCUGUUGACAUGCCAAAAUUUUGUAUGUCUAUUUUAUCUUUCAGAAUAUGUUUUCAUAUUCGAAUGAGCCUCGUAAUUGUAAGAAAGUAGGGUUUUUAGCUACAGGCCUAGCAAAAGAAAAAUUGAGAUAUGAU